GUUCCAUUUUCAAAGAGAUAUCUGAAAUACCUUACCAAGAAGUAUUUGAAACGCAAUUCACUUCGUGACUGGUUGAGAGUGGUGGCGUCUUCGAAGGAUACGUAUGAAUUAAGAUACUUCCAGAUCAAUCAGGAUGAUGAAGACGCUAGUGAUAACGAAUCUUGA